AUGGAACACCUGCAAACAAGAGCAGAAGUUUGGAUGGAUCUUGGAGUUGGCAAUGUACGCCGAUACAAAAAAUUAGGCCCAAAAAUUUCGAAGGCACUUCCAGCUUUGCAUGCGUUCACUGGUUGCGAUUUCAACCCAGCAUUGUACGGACGAAGGAAAAAGAAACCUUUGCAAUUUCUAAUGAAUUUAGAAAUUUUCCAAGAAGCAUUUCUGGAUUUGGGAUCAAAGGAGCAUCAUGUGCAGAAUUCUUUUAACAUCAUAAACUCUUUUACUUGCCACUUGUAUGGGUUGAAAAAGUUAGACGAUGUCAAUCAAGCCAGGAUUGUCAUCUUCAAUAAGACGUACAACGUAAAAGACAAAUCACAACCCUUCUCCGGAAUUACGAUGCGUGGUCAAUUGCCGAAAGCGUACGAAGAUGUAGUCAUAACCCCUGACAUUCUUGAGGAUACUCCAGGAUCAGAUACGCAAUCUGAGGAUGAAAUCAAACCAGAAGAGAAAGAUGAUUCUACUGAUGAAGAUGAUGAAUAA